CAAUGACUCGUCUAAUCAAGAACAUCCUUCAUCGUCUCGUUUCGGUGGCAAUGGUGUUAUCUUUGAUCGCAUUCAGCAUAACGAAUGGAGCGAGUGUGGCUGCGGAUUCGAAGGAGCCGAAUUCUGAAACAGGCAGUGAUUCGAUUUCAAACAAUGGCGGACCCGCUGAAGAGAAACAAGAUCCCCACAUCAGUGGUGGUAAUGAAUAUUCCGGCAGGAGUUACGGAGGAUACAAUUCUGGCUAUGGCGUUACUUCAAAACCCAGUUCAAACUACGGAUCUUCUUAUUCCGGUUCUGCCUAUUCCGGAUCAGGAAACUAUGGCAGCGGUUUUUCAUACGCCAUGCCGAUUAUUAGCCAUGGAACAGGAACGAACGGAAUUUACAGUACAGGAAUUUCUUACGAAUCUGCUUAUGGUACAGCAAAUCAAGUUCCUUACGGCACGGCUUAUGGAGCUGGAAGUUAUGGUGUUGGAUCCUCCUACACGGGACCGUCUUAUGGCAGCUCUUCUUACGGUGUCACUCCUUCUUACGGUGUCACUCCUUCUUACGGUGUCACUCCUUCUUACGGAUACGGAUCAGGCUCCUCCUUCAACGUUCCAGCCUAUGGUGUACAACCAUCAUAUGGCAACAACGUAGGAUCCUCAUACGGCAACUAUGGUGUCUUUCCUCAUUCCGCCUAUGGUAACAACAUGAACCUGCCCGGCUCUUCCUACGGAAACGGCUACAGUGGAUCGAAUUACGGAUCCGGAAGUUACGGUAUGAACACUGGAUCAUACGGUGGAAUUGGUUAUGGUGUUACAUCUUCCCCUUACUCGUCAUACGCCGGUCAAAUGGGUUCAUCUUCGCCGUAUGGUGGAAACUUUGGUGGCUCUUCUUACGCAAACUACGGCGGCAACACUUACGGAGGAAUGAUGAAUGGAGCUUACGGUACGGGUCAGGGAGUCAAUUCUUUUUCGUCCAUGAAUGGCGCAUACAAUCGGAAUCCACUUGGUUAUGGCAGUAAUGUAGUUUACUAAAUUGAUGUUUGGAGUCUUUAAUCGUUAAUUGGUUAGAUUGUUUAGAAAGUUUUGGCUCAAUUCGACAAAUAAACUUCUUUAAAAAAAA